GACGUGAAGGUCGCUGAAGCGCUUGACGUCGUUCAAAACAUUCGAGAUGUGGAUGCCGUCAUCCGUGGAGACUGUCUCCUAAUCGUCAGUUUAUAUAUACGGCAGAUAUAUCGUGCGAAUAACGUCGUAUAAAAUGAAACGGUAUGUUUCAUUCGGCGCGACUUCUUAGCGGGCUGCUCAUUCUGCUACCGUCAAUCGCGCUGUGUGAUGGCGCGAAUUACACGUACGAGGUUGACUGUAAUAACUUACGAAUGGGACAGUACAUCUGUCCGCAUCCCGAUUACGAUUUCAUAGACUUAAAGACGCAACAACCGCGUGGAUGCACGAAAGAAAACAAAGCCAAAGUGUUAUGUUUAGCUGCUGAUGGCCUCAUCUGUAUAGAAACAAAAAAUAAUACCUUCAAGAAGGAUAUACCUUGCAAAUGGACGAAUGGAUACUCCUUUGAAACAUCUUUACUGCUAUCUAUAUUUCUUGGCAUGUUUGGCGCAGAUCGAUUUUACCUUGGAUAUCCAGCCCUAGGCUUACUCAAAUUAAGCACGCUCGGAUUCCUCUUUCUUGGUCAAUUUGCUGAUGUAAUACUGAUAGCUACGCAGAUUGUAGGACCAGCGGAUGGCUCCCACUAUGUGAUGCCAUAUUACGGUGCUGGAAUUAAGAUUAUAACCAACAACAACUUCACGUACAGAGUGCCACAAUAUGACUGCUGAGAAAAUAACAAAUCCAGCACAUAUAUGACAAACGAUUGUUCUAAAAAUUGUAUAUGCCUCUACUUUCUUGUCGCGAGCAACGAUGUACAAUCCUAGGAUCGAAUCCUAUUUCGGUACACUUGGAUGUAAAGAGUCUCUAUGUUACUUUAAUGAAUAAGCUUAAUGUUAAUCUUGUAGAUAAUAUACUUCAACGAAAUGUUGUAUAUAGACAUUUAUUACUUAUUUACGUGUUGCCAGCUGAUAUAAUUCAAUAAUAAACAUUUUUUUCUAUA